CUGACCACCAACAACACCUCUCCGUAGCCCAUACACGACACAAGGCUUCUAUGGCUUCAAACAGUCUGUUCGGCAGCACCAGCCCCAUGCUGUACUGGGACCCGGUGGUGAAGCGUCGGCCGACACCAUCGCCCACCAACCUCCAACCGGACGACCAGGAGGUGCGGCCCCUCCACCAGCCCCCCAGAGGCCUGGUACGGACCGAAAGCCCGAACUUCCUCUGCAGCAGCCUGCCGCAGCACUGGAGGUGUAACAAGACCCUGCCGAGAGCCUUCACUGUGGUUGCCCUGGGCAACGACGUGCCAGAUGGCGCGGUUGUCACAGUGAUGGCCGGCAAUGAAGACAACAGCAGCGCUGAGCUGCGCAACGCCACGGCAACCAUGAAGCAGGGUUAUGCCCAAUUCAACGACCUCCGCUUCGUGGGCCGCAGCGGGAGAGGCAAGAGUUUCACCCUCUCCAUCAAUGUGCUGACCUCGCCCCCACAGAUCGCCACCCUACACAGAGCCAUCAAGGUUACUGUGGACGGACCGCGACUGCCCAGACGACAAAGGCAGAAGGAGGCGAAGUCGGAAGGGCUCAGGCUCUCCGGCAGCAGCGCUGCGUCAUCAGACUGUAGAUCGUUCUCCUCCUCUCUGUGGACCAGUGAGCCGUCGUUCUUGGGCCACGUGACUUCUCUGACCUCCUCCUUCAGUCCGAGCCCCAGGAUGCACCACCUACCCGCCCUCCCCUACUCCACCCAGCCUCCGCCCUACAGCGCCUUCCUGUCUUCUCCUGCUCCCCCCGCCCCACCGCUGAGCCACAGUGGUCCCUUCCAGCCUGGCAGCUUCUACUACGGACCCAACCAACCGCUCCAAACCGCAGGGGAGGACAGAAACGUCGUCACGGCACUGACCAAUUAUAUAUAAGGGGCGUGUCUGUCUUUAAGAGGGGAGGAGCCUGUCUGGAGACCUUAUUGAUGAUUGGAUGAGUUGUGUUUAAAUGUCAUCUUAAAAUAAUUUAGUAAUUCAGUGAGUUUUGGGAAGUUUUCAU